GCGCUCUGGAAGUUGCCACGGAAGUGCCGCGCCCCUCUUAGUCUAAAUACAGCAUUUGAUUUCGGCAAUUCCGUUGCGUCUCGUGAAAUUUAAAAGACGCCAGUCGAAGGGACUGUUGUAAGUUCACUUCUAUCUCUCAUAGCCGUUCGAGCCACGGGUUUCCGAUCUUUACGUCAUCUCCGCUUGUAUCUCAGUCUCGCCCCCUCAAAACAGCAAAAUGAGCACCUCUGAAUCUCGUGUGAUCAUCGUCGGUGGUGGUGUGUUUGGGUUGAGCACCGCUCUCUGGCUCGCCCGGGAUGGCUACAGAAAUGUCACUAUAUUCGACCGUUGCAGCUUCGACAAGAACUACUACAAUCCCGCAGACGGAUGUGACGGUGCGUCCGCCGACAUCAACAAGAUCUUUCGAGCAACAUACGGGUCACAGGAACAUUCACAAGACCUUGCUCUGGAAGCCAGAGACAUCUGGCUUGAGUGGAAUCGGUCCAUUAAAGAGAGCCUUCCGUCAGACCUCCCACGCCCGCUGACUCCUGAAGAUGAGUUACUCACUCUCUGUGGUGUCUACCACCUGGCCGAUGGUCCAGACUUGGUAGGUCGCUAUGUGGAAAACUUGCGCGCAAUGGAGGAGUCAGCACCUAGCUUUCGCAAUCUGCAGUUCAUCAAGGAUAAUGGUAGUGAUGAGGAACGUGUCAAGACAUUGGGCCCAGAGUGGGCCAGAAAAUACCAUCUUUUUGACAAAUUCAGAGAUGGUGCCACUAACGGAUUUCUCGACGCGGGCUCCGGAAUCACUCUAGCGGACAAGGCCUGUGUAUAUGCCCGGCAUCUGUGCGAACAAGCCGGAGUCAAAUUCAUUUUGGGACGGCCUCAGGGUGAACUUCAGCAUUUGAUAAUCGAGGGAUACGGUUCUGGCAAGCGGGUGACAGGCAUCCGAACAUGCGAUGGUUUGAGUCACUCGGCUGAUAUUGUAAUUGUCGCCUGUGGUGCUUGGUCAUCAUCCGUUGUUCCAGAAUCCCAUCGUUCCGUCGAAGCCACAAUGGGAACAAUUAUGUUUAUCGACAUCCCAAGUGAUAGGAAAGAUCUCAGAGAAAGGUUUCACCCGGAUAACUUUCCCGUCUGGCGGUUUAUACAGGGCGACGGGGACGGGUCAUACGAAGGUGGUGGCUUUCCUAUUACUAAGGAAGGUAGACUGAAAUUUGGAUUCCGCGCUCGAAAGUUUACCAAUUUCCAAGAUCAUCCCACGCAAGACAAUUUGCGCAUCUCAACCCCUCAAACAAAAUAUAGCCCAGAGCCGAUCAAUACUGUACCUCUGUACGGCCUCGAACUCAUGAAGCAAGUUAUCGGUGGAUUGCUUCCCGAGUUAACUAAGAUCGGUUUCACCGACAGCCGGUUGUGUUGGUACACGGACAGCAUCGAUAACGAAUUCGUGGUUGACUAUGUACCCGGGUACUCUGACUCACUUUUCAUCUGUUCUGGUGGCUCUGGUCAUGGCUUUAAAUUUCUUCCAGUCCUUGGAAAAUAUGUUAAAAACCAGUUAGAGAGAGUCCCUGAUCGAUUCACCUCUCUUUGGAAGUGGCGCACCGUUGAGGAAGGCAAACAAUGCAACGGACUCGAGGAAGGGGAAGCCGGUCCUCGUGAGAUGUCAAAACUGAGAAUGGCGAAGCCCCAAGACUUCCAAUUCCCAAUCAAAAAUUCCUCCACGCUUUCAGACCAUCUGCAGCAGCUUACUUUGGGGCCAAAGACCAAAUCGCACCUGUAACUCGCAAACAUAACGAGCUAGCAUCAGAAUAAAAGCUUCAACAGUUAGCACAUUUGAUUCCAUUUGAUCUUCUCCUAUCAGCUUACACCCAACAGAAUAGCCCAAAAUUAGUUUGUUCAGGU